AUGUCCACUGCUCGAAUGUCGGAUGUCGCGGAUGCCGAGGAUGCUGCAGCAACUCAGGUGGUACAGGACACCAACUUUGCCCUUGCAACCUCGGACCAUACCAGCACACCGAGCGACGGCAACUACGACUCUGCAUCCACAUCGGCCAGCGCUGCGGUAGCCACAAAAUCGACCACCACCUCGUCGCGCGCGUCGCGCGCGCUCGCACCGGAUCUGCUUCGAGGACUCAUCCUACCACUCAUGUCGCUCGACCAUGCCGCUUUGUUCUUGGGAGCAUGGCUCCACGGCACGCCCAAACAAUCCGAGUCAGCGGGCACGGUGUUUACCCGAUGGAAUUUUACCACCGCCUACAUUUCACGUACCAUCACGCACCUGUGUGCACCCGGCUUCUUCUUGUUGAUGGGCAUGGGUUGUGUCUACUUUCAUCGAUCUCGAGUCAGGAUCGGGUGGAGCAGUGGCAGAAUGACGAGGCACUUUGUGGUGAGAGCGGUGGCGUUAACGUUGGUCAGCGAGGUGAUGGGCGAAACAUUGAUGUGGGGGAGGCAUAUCUUGGUGAUCAACAUCGUAUUGAUCGGGUUAGCUGUGGAUUAUCUCUUGACUGGAUUGCUGUGUUUGGGUGUAGAUCGGACCGAAGCAGCGCUUGCGAAAUGGUUGGAUCAAUGGUUGCGGACCGAGCCCAAGCACGGCAAUCGGGCGGAGACGAGACCGCUGCUAUCGACUGGCGGCGGCGAAGAACCAUGUAGCAUCACACCAUCGACUCAAUCGCAUUCGACCUCGUUCUGGCUACACAACGCUCUGCUCUUGCUGCUAAGCUACAUUUCCAUCUUCUGGAACGUCUGGCUCUCUCCCACUGGCGGCCGCUGCGCGUCCACAUCCUUGGAACCGUCUUGGUUGCCCCAUCACCAAGUACCGAUCGAGUUGCUCGCCCUCGUCGAUACCUCUACCGACCAGCCGCGUGUCGCACCGAGCUCGCACCUCGGUCCGUGGUUCGACUUUUGGUUCUAUCCGGUCCAGAACUCGUACGUCAUGUCGGGCUUCCCGCCUCUCGCGUGGCUCUCAUUCUGCGUGUUCGGCAUGCUUUAUGCCAGGGUCAUGCUACACAAACGCUGGACACCCAAGGCGGUGGCGGCGUGGAACUUGAGCGUUGCAGUGGUGCUUGCUGCUCUUUUCGUCGGCACGAGGCUGUUGCAUUUCGGAAAUCUGUCCGAAGACUGCCUGCGCAUCGGCGGGCAGCAAGUGCCGGACGGUGCCAACCAGUACUUGAUAUCGGUCAAGAGCUUCUUCUACAUCACAAAGUAUCCGCCCAGCCCUUCGUUCUUCUUCUUGACCAUGUCGAUCAACUUUGCCCUGCUAGCCGUGUUCAGCGCCAUGCCUCCGAGCAUGGCGUCCUUCCUCCCGGGUUUACCCAACUACGGUGGAUCGGCGCUCUUCUUCUACGUAGCGCACAUGUAUUUGUACUUCCUGCUCGCUGUUCCAGUGCGGUACUUGUUCGAACACGAUCUUCCGGAUAAGCCGCCCAAUGAGUGGGAACAGACCAAGGGCUUGGGCAACACGCCACCCUUCUGGAUCACAUGGAUUCUGGGGCUGUUGAUUCUCAGUCCAAUGUGUCGAGCAUACGGCGCAUUCAAGGCCAAGCAACCGGAGGAUUCGAUCUGGCGUUUCUUCUGA